AGGGAAAGAACUAGAUUGUUUGUCUCUUGGGGUUAAUUAGGGUUUUGCACAGAGAGAGAAGAAGAGGAGGAGCGAUGAGCAGAAGCUUAGGGAUUCCGGUGAAGCUACUACACGAGGCUUCCGGUCACAUAGUGACGGUGGAGCUGAAGAGCGGAGAGCUUUAUAGAGGAAGCAUGGUAGAGUGCGAGGAUAACUGGAAUUGCCAGCUCGAGAGCAUCACUUACACUGCUAAGGAUGGGAAGGUCUCACAGCUUGAGCAUGUUUUCAUUCGUGGCAGUAAAGUCAGAUUCAUGGUCAUACCUGAUAUGCUAAAGAAUGCACCCAUGUUCAAGCGUUUGGAUGCUAGAAUCAAGGGUAAGAGUGCAUCGCUAGGUGUUGGCAGGGGAAGAUCUGUUGCAAUGCGGUCCAAAGCUCAAGCUACUGGUCGUGGAGCAGCCCCUGGCAGGGGCGUUGUACCACCUGUCAGGAGGUAAUCGGCGAGUAGUUAGGAUCCCUGUUCUUCAAUCAAAUUUGGUGUAUAAGGUUGACUUUCGUAGUGCCUUUUGAGAUAACGAAAAAUGAAUCCGGGGUUAUGAGUGACAUAUCUCUACUUUUAUGCAUGUGUUCAAUUUUGGUAUUGGAUAGUUUCUUCUAGUGAUAUGAUGACCAGUCAACUUCAUAUGCCAAUCAUGGGGCAAAGCAUGUCUCCUCGAAUGCGUGUUGUGCUUUGUAGAUGCUUAUGUUCUUAUUUUUAUCCACUGCCAUCUUGUUGGUUCUAGCAUUUUGGCAUCAAAAAAUCAAUAUCUGCUCCGCAGAAAGACAUUUUGAUCUUUUGUUGAAAAAUUGAAUGCAUAUCUACAGUUGACUGCUA